UCUGUACUGUGUAAAGUCAACAAUAUGUGUGCUGAGGAGUCUGGCCUGAAUUUGAUUUAUGAAAUACAUUUGGGAUUGUUGCUUGAUCAUGUCAUGGGUUCUGAUUUUAGUUCUGGAAUGUCACUCAGAAUAAAACAAAACAGUGGGGAUGGCAGAGGGAAGAACUGUAGUUGUUAUGAUAUUAUUAUGUGUUAGGGGCAGUGAUGGUGGAAAACCGGUCUGAUUUUAAAAUCAAAUAGUAAAUUCCAAAUCUGUUUGGUAUUAUUCAUCCCAGUUAUUUUUCAGUUUGUUGCCUGUAACUACCAAGCAAUUCUAAGGAGUGUUUAGUUUCAACAAGGCAUGACAGUGCUCCCCAUUCUUUUGUUCUGAAUCUCUGGGAUCUGACAUUCCUUGGUGAGCAGGUGCCUAAGCUGUGAUACCUCAUCUGGGAAUGCUCAGAGCAGGUCAGCAGUGCAGAGGGAUUCCUGCACUGACAGUGACUGCCCCACCUCCUUGUGUUUCCUCAUUUCUGCCCUGUUUUUCCCUCCAGUGUUAGUGUCCCCAGGCAGGGCUAGGAUAGCUGGGUGGUGGUGGUGGUUGGUUUGUGUUGCAGAGACCCAGAAAAAGCAGCCCUAGCCAUGGACUGAGACCCCAAAACACUGUCGUGAGACACUGCAGAAGUGUUUAUCUGUUGAUUUUACAGGAGUUUGUUAAACAGAUGGAAACCCAAUGCAAAUAUUUUUUCUCUUUCCAUGUUUUUGAAGGAGCCUAAGUUAAGAAUUGCCAAAAUGGUUUGGAAUUCUUAAACGAUUCAAAAACUGAAGUCUCUGAGGACACAAAAUCAUAAGAACACAAGAAGCAGCAAGGAGGAUUCAGUGCCAAUGCAGCAACAAAAAAGACAGCCAGAGUUAGUGGAAGGAAAUCUUCCUGUUUUUGUUUUUCCUACAGAACUUAUAUUUUAUGCAGAUGACCAGUCAACACACAAGCAGGUGUUGACUCUAUAUAACCCCUAUGAGUUUGCCUUAAAAUUCAAAGUUCUUUGUACAACUCCAAAUAAAUAUGCGGUGGUUGAUGCUACAGGUGCAGUGAAGCCUCAGUGCUGUGUUGAUAUUGUGAUUCGUCACAGAGAUGUUCGCCCAUCCUACUAUGGUGUGAUAGAUAAAUUCCGUCUGCAAGUGUCUGAGCAGAGCCAGAGGAAAGCACUAGGGAAAAAGGAGAUUAUUGCUACUCUGCUUCCAUCUGCAACGGAACAACAGCAACAAAAGGAAGAGGAGGAAAAACGAAUAAAAGAACACCUGGCAGAAAGUGUCUUUUUUGAGCAGACUUUGUGUCAACCAGAAAACAGAACUGCCUCGUCGGGACCUAGUUUACUAACUGUCUUCCUAGGAAUCGUGUGUAUUGCAGCACUAAUGCUACCUACAUUGGGGGAAAUGGAAUCCCUGGUGCCUCUCUACCUCCAUUUAAGUGUGAAUCAAAAGUUAGUAGCUGCUUAUGUUUUAGGUCUCAUCACCAUGGUUAUUUUGAGAACAUGAGCAAUGAGUUACUAGGAUGUCAAAACACCUUUACUGUAUAUUCACAUCAUGAAUGUGGACUGCCUUUUACUCCCAUUUGGCUCAUCAAGAUGCUAGCAAAACUGUUCAGUGAUUUAAGAAACCUUCAGAAGUGUAAUAUAUUUUAACUGUGUAUAAUAAAUUAAAGACUCAAAGCACUUUUGGGUGCUUCUGUAACAGACAGCUAUGAAAUGUUCAGUGAUACCUGUGAAAAUAAUUUGAAAAACUUUUAUAUCUCUGCCUACUGUAAAAAAAAAAAAAUCCUUAUUAAAGCAACAUUUGUUAUUUCUAGUCUAUGUUCACAUCAGUGUGUGAUCACUAUAAAAGCAAACUGUGUUCUGUAAAAUCCUGCAUUUGGUUUGUGGUUGUACAGGCCAAGGCUGGUGCAUAACACUGUGUACAUACCAGAAGGAUGAGAGUCAUGAAUAAUCAUUGAAGAGAAUGAAGAAUCCCAUCAGUGAUACUAAGAAAUAAACCAUGAAUUUUAGGUGAAGAAGUGAUUCUCAAAUUCCUUCCUUCAUAUUUACCAGAACAUUGUUGAGUGCUCAUUUUCUUACCUGGGGAAAUAAUUUCUGCAACAGCCAUUUUGUAUCACAGCUGUAAACAAUAAAAGCAACUUCUCUAA